GUAAGAAAUUGUUUAGAAUUUUAUUGAUUAGAUAUAAUAAGUUUAUUAAUUGUAAGCUGUCAAGUAAAAGGGGCGCGUCCGAGGUACCUUUUUGUAAUGAGAAGAGUCCAUGAUCAAGAUCAAAACAAAACAUAUCCCAUAAAUCAACGCAGAAGUAAUUAUAAUGUCUGAUCCACAACAAACGCCAAAAAGUAAAAGUAAAUGCAAUGCCGCGAGAAGAGAAUAUGAUCGUAAAUAUCAGAAACAAUAUAGAAAAAAAAUAAAACAAUCAACGAUCAACAUUCCGUCUGAAAUAGAUCGGUGGAAUCGAUUUAAACAGGAGACGUGUGCAUUAAAUGAUGAGGAGAUGGCCCGGAGGUUACUGGAUCAUUAUGAACGAAGAACCGGUGAUAACAGAAGUAUACAGAAUGGGACUGAUGUGACUAGAUUAAAUACUGUUAUUGAAAUAUCUGAAAAUUUGAUGGAAUCACAAACUAAUUUGGUGAAUGAAAUUACCUCUCAUUGUUCUGAAAUAUCUGGUUACGAAUUUCACUGCAUUCAAAUUUUAGAAUCUUGUAAUCAGAUUGUUUCAGAAACGUUGAACAGUAGCUAUACAGUGAUAAAUCUCUGCCAGUUAGUUAUUGCGGAAGCGAACAUGUCGCCAUCCUCAUCAAAAAACAUAAAUAAGAUUUCGAAAAUUGCGAAAAGACAAGUUUGUUCUCCCACAAAUAAACUAUCAGCUAUGAUCGAUACAGCUUCGUUGGUGAAUCUUUACAUUGAUAAUGCUGAAAGGGUGUCAACUUCUGCUGGAAUUGUAUCUGAAAAUCGUGUAGAAGGAAAUGAUGUAAAUUUGGAUAUAACUAAAGUAAAAGUAGAAAAAGAUGCUGAAUCCUGUUCUGUUGACACGGCAACAAGACAUUUUGAAGAUGCGAGUGAGAUGGAAAAUCAAAAUGAAGUAGAAGAGAGACAGAUCAGUUCAGAAGUAGAAGACCAUUCUGAAGACAAGACUGAAGAUCAUGGUAAUAGAGAUGAGGAAAGUGAAAGUAGCCUUGAAUUGUCUGAUAAUGAUGCUUUAGAAUAUGAUGAUAAUGUAGAUGAUGAUCCUGAUUGGGACGUGGUAAAACAGUUAGAAGAAACAAAAGAUCAUGAUAAUAGAGAUGAGGAAAGUGAAAGUAGCCUUGAGUUGUCUGAUAAUGAUAUAGAAUAUAAUGAUAAUGUAAAUAAUGAUCCAGAUUGGGGCGUGGAUAAACAGUAUAAAAAAAAGAAAGUUGAAACCAAGCCAUUUAAGAAAAAGAAAUCAUUUAAAAUACGCGAACGAUCAAAUCAAAUGCAAACAAAUGAUUUUGUGUGUAAAAUUUGUGACGAACAUUUUAACGCGAAACAUCAACUGAGAAAACAUGUCUUGGCUCAGACUGAUGAAAAUCAUCUUAAACUUCAUGAGAGGAUGAAUUUGAUAAAGAAAAAAAGACAGUGUGAACUUUGUGGUAAAUUCUUUAAAUAUUUUAGUGAUUUUAAAGUUCAUAUGUUACGUCAUAGGGGAGAAAAGAACUUCGCAUGUGAUCAAUGUGAUUAUAAAGGCUAUACGAAGAAACAUUUAGCAAAACAUAUGUUUUGUCACAAGACAGUGAAGGAUUAUAUAUGUAAUCAUUGUGGCAAACAAUUUUUGCGAAAUGGAGAGUUGAAGAACCAUCUCAUAUAUCAUAGUGGUGUUAAAUCAUUUCAAUGCAACCUGUGCCCGAAAAGUUUUGCACUGAAAGGUCAUUUGGACCGCCAUAAAAAAACUCAUAAAGCUGGGGAUAUGCCGUAUGUGUGUGAAAUUUGUGGAAAACGAUCUCGACAGUCGUAUAAUAUAACGGUUCAUAUGAGAACGCAUACCGGUCAUAAACCGUUCUCUUGUGAAAUUUGUGGUAACAAGUUUGCACAUAAUGUAUCAUUGAGACAACAUAAAAAAUCUUGUCACGGUGUAAUCGUCAAAAAAGUUGAAAAAGGAGUUGAAGUAGUGAAUAAAGUUUGAAGAUAUAAUGGGUUUUUUUAUAUCCCCAUUUUUGAAGUA